UUCGGUGACUCGGCGGUUGUUCUCCGACGUAGAUCAUCGAAGCGGUGAUCGUGGUGGGGCAUGGGUGACACGUGGGCUCGGAGUCUGAAAGUCAUACACGUGGUUUACCUAGUGUUCCGUUUGGGUUUUGUGGUUUUGGUUUGGACCUCUAUAUGAGGUUUUGUAUGUUUGUUGUUUUGGGCUUUGCCCGAUUAAUAAAAUCAGAUGGAAAAAAAAAAAGAUUACGAAACAUAUUUAAAAUCUAAUUUCAAACGUGCCAAAUAUGUUGAUCAAUUCGAAUUCACACUGUUGUUAUUACAAAAUAAAAAGUAAUCUUCUUCGCAUUUAAUAUUACGAAACAGUCAAAAAGCAACGUCGAAUUCAUCCCAUCCACACGGUAAAACAGUCCAAAAGAUGCACGACAACUCACUUUAUCUCCUAAUAUAAAUAAUUAAAUACGUAUUUGACCAGCAGUACAAAACUUAUUAUUAAUGAACUUCUCUCGUCUCUUCAUCUAAAACAGUUUAUGUCAGGUAAAGAAAAGAAAGAUGAACGGCGGAGGAAAGGUGGCCUGCGUCACCGGAGCUUCUGGUUACGUAGCUUCUUGGAUUGUUAAGCUUUUGCUCCUUCGUGGCUACACCGUCAGGGCUACCGUUCGAAACCCAACGGACACGGCGAAAACAGAACAUCUUCUUGCACUUGACGGUGCAGACGAAAGACUCAAACUGUUCAAAGCAGAUCUUUUGGAAGAAUAUUCCUUCGAGCAAGCUAUCGAAGGUUGUGAAGCUGUUUUCCAUACGGCUUCUCCGGUUAAGUUCAUCGUCACGGAUCCUCAGACUGAGCUAAUAGAUCCAGCACUAAAGGGUACUAUGAACGUCCUUAAUACAUGCAAGAAAACUUCCUCUGUCAAAAGAGUCAUUGUAACAUCGUCCAUGGCUGCGGUUAUUGUUCGUCAACCCCCUUUGGAGCCAAACGACGUGGUGGACGAGUCUUUCUUCUCUGAUCCAAGUGUUUGCAUGGAAACAGAGUACUGGUAUCCACUCUCCAAGACUUUAGCAGAGAAUGUAGCGUGGCAAUUUUCCAAAGACAAUGGAAUGGACAUGGUCUUCAUUAAUCCAGGAUUUGUAAUCGGCCCACUUUUGCAACCAACCCUUAAUUUUUCGGUAGAGAUGAUUGUGGAUAUGAUAAACGGUAAGAACCCUUUCAACUCAAUAUACUACAGGUUCGUGGACGUGAGAGAUGUUGCCUUGGCUCAUGUCAAUGCAUUGGAGACUCCUUCGGCCAAUGGCAGAUACAUAAUGGAUGGCCCAAGUAUGACCAUAUACGAGAUUAAAGAGAUUAUGCGUGAAUUAUUUCCAGAUUUGUGUGUUGCUGAUACGAAAGAAGAAGGUGAGAUCAAAGAAAUCAUUUACAAAGUGUGUGUGGAGAAAGUGAAGAAUUUGGGAGUUGAGUUCACUCCUCUCAAAUCAAGCCUUAGAGAUACUAUCAUUAGCCUCAAAGAAAAAUGUCUCGUAUGAGAAUAUGAUGACGUUCAUAUAUGUAUUACAACUUCUAUAUUAGUAUUAUUGGAUGUAUUUAAGUUGUGGAAACUUGGGGUUGGAACCGCUCUUGCAACCAACUCUUAUAAACAGAUAUUUCGC